GAUGGAGGGAGUCGUUGUCCUCGGAUGAGUCUCGUUCACCAUUUCCACCACCCGUUCACCUAUCCCCCCCUCUGUCCUCACCCCUCUCAGUCCGUUAACCAACAAAACAGAAACAUCGGUGAAACAGAAGUGAAGUAGACGAAGGCUCGACGAGACGCGUUCCACUGAACACCUCUCUCAGCGUCUACUCCAUUGUUUGUUUUUAUUAAUUCAUCCUCGAGUGAUUAACCGGACCAGUGUUUCCACUCGUGCUCCUUGUGUUACACAUGGAGUCCUCCACGUGACGACAGAUAUCCCCAGUGGGGACAAAGAGUUCAAUGAAAUUAAAUUUAAUGGUAAUCCAGUGAUGACGAAAGACACGUUGGGUGGAAUUAAACUCUAGGACGAGAGAGUGGAAGUAUUAAGGACAGUAACAAUAGCCUCGUCGGUGGGUGCCUCAAACAGAGUGAUGCGACUGAUCAACGAUGUGACACGUAUGGGCCUGGACCUGCCUGAAAUCUUGUGGUGCAACUGGACAUUAGGAUCUGGGGGCACUAGACACUCGUGAUACGCCACUGAACGAGGUUUGCGGGGCCCCGGGGACUUAUCGCGAUGUACGCAGUCCCAACGAGUCAAUGGGCCCUCGCGAUCCUCUUUGUCGUAUUGAUAGACGCGUGGCCGCUGCAUCCCCUACCGCCGCACGAAGGCAUUGUCAAACGAACAUAUAUUGGGCAUUAUGGGCCCGCUUGGUACGAUCCUAGGGUCCUCAGGGAGCACAGGGGGAGGGUCCGGAGAGCCGCCGAUGGGGAGAGGGAACAGGCCCUUGUGCUCAGCCUUCAUGCCCUUGAUAGAAAAUUUACAAUGCACCUCAUACGAGACACCAGGAUUUUCGCAAAAGACGCUGUGUUCGAGGGCACCGAUGGGCCAAUUCCCUUCGACACUCUACACUCCUACGUUGGCACGAUCGAAGAGGAUGAGAACGCUGUGGUGGAGGGAAUCGUUACCGCUGACGGUCUCUUCGACGGUUCGGUAUCAACCCAACUCGAGGAGUACUAUUUCGAGCCGACGAGUAGGUACUUGUCGAGAAGUUUGGCUAAUCGAGUGGAAGAAGACGAAGAGAUCGAUACAUCACCAGCUUAUCACACGAUAGCGUAUCGAGCCUCGGACGUCGUCAAUCCCAAGUCCUCAAAGCGCUGUGCGAGUCAAAGCUUGCAUCUCGGAAAUAUGAGCUUGAGCAAUUUGAGGGAAGAUCAGCAGGAAGUGCGCGGGAAUGAUUAUGGGGACUCGUUCGAGCCGUAUUUCGAGCAACUACAGGACCACAGAAUCAGAAAUUAUGGGGGCUAUUACUCGAGAGAAGGAAAAAAGAGCAGUUACACAGCGCUGACAAUCGACAGAAAUCGAAUAACCAGACACCUCCACAAACGAGCGACAGUCGAUCCCCGAAAGACCACCUGCAUGCUCUAUCUCCAAGCGGAUCAUCAAUUUUUCUCGCGCUACGCCACCGAGGAGGCUUGCAUCGAAGUCAUGACGAGGCACGUUCAACGAGUCAACUCAAUCUACAAACACACUGACUUCAAUCAAGACGGCAGACCCGAUAAUAUAAGUUUCAUGAUAAAACGCGUCAAAGUGCACAACGCCGAAGCACUCAAGGACCCCAACUAUCGCUUCCCAGGGAAUUACGGGGUUGAAAAGUUUCUGGAACUUUUCUCAGAGGAAGACUACGAUGCCUUUUGCUUGGCGUACAUGUUUACCUAUCGGGAUUUUGAAAUGGGGACUUUGGGACUCGCAUGGACUGGCGAUUUGAAAAAUGCUGGUGGCGUUUGCGAGAAGAAUGGGCAUUAUCGUGGGAGUAUGAAAUCCCUGAACACAGGUAUCGUAACGCUACUGAACUAUGGAAAGCACGUGCCACCUGCUGUUUCCCAUGUGACACUGGCGCACGAGAUUGGCCAUAAUUUUGGAUCACCACACGACCCUGAGCAGUGUACACCCGGUGGUGAAGACGGAAACUUUAUAAUGUUUGCACGUGCCACGAGUGGAGAUAAACGCAACAAUAAUCGCUUCAGUCCGUGCAGUUUGAACGCCAUAAAUCCGGUAUUGAACACCAAAGCAAGAUCGCCGAAGGGCUGCUUUACGGAGCCACAGGCAUCGCUUUGUGGAAAUGGAGUUGUUGAGGAUGGAGAGGAAUGCGAUUGUGGAUGGGAGGAGGAUUGCAGGGAUACCUGUUGUUUUCCACAGAGGAGAUAUCCACCUGCUGAGGGAAAACCCUGUACACUCACCCCCAGGGCCACGUGCAGUCCCAGUCAGGGACCUUGCUGUACAAAUGAGUGCAAACUCAGGUUUGGGGACAAGUGCAGGGAGGACAAUGGAUGCAGAGACGCUAGCUUCUGCGAUGGCAGAACUCCACACUGUCCUCCAUCCAUCAAUAAACCCAAUAAGACUAUUUGUAAUGAGGAGUUUGUGUGCUUCAUGGGGGAAUGCACCGGAAGUAUUUGCUUGGCCUUCGGUCUAGAAUCUUGUCAGUGCAUACCAGGUCCCAACGAUCCAGCCACAAAAGCAUGCGAGUUGUGCUGUCGUCUGCCUGGUGAAAAUCAACCGUGCCUCUCGUCGUUCGACUGGAAUUCACCUCCGUACGAUAUACCGGAUAAAUUUGCCAAGCCCGGUACACCUUGCAAUGAUUAUAAUGGCUACUGCGACGUAUUUCAGAAAUGCAGGGAAGUUGAUCCCAGCGGACCACUGGCAACUCUACGUAAAUUGUUACUCUCAGAUGAGAGUCUUGCCACGUUUAGACGAUGGGUCGCUGAGCACUGGUAUGCCGUUGCUCUACUUAUUCUGGGGACCAUAUCACUUCUCAUGGCGAGCAUCCGUUACCUGGGCAAACGUCCGGAUCAGAAACUCAAGUCAGUGACGAUAAUUCACAGUUCGACAACGGAAACAGUGAGACUGCCGCCUGAAGGUACCGAGGGUGUGACAGUUCACCCACCAGUGGUGCGCGCUAAACUUCCAUUAAGUAGAAAAGUACGUGAGAAACGUCACCACGUCAAGCAGCACGCUGGUAGAAACGAUAAGACAGUGAAGAGUGUCCAUCCCAAUGGUAAUAAGAAAGUGAGUAAAAAGAAUAUGCUUCAGAAGAAGAAGAAGAAGAAGAAAAAACGAGUGGCGCCGAUAUUUAUCGAGGAGGCGGGUCGCAAGGUCUUGGUGGAGCAGUCACCACUUCACAGUGGACCAGCAAUAGGAUCCCCUGAAGCUACUGUUCCAGUGACAGAGACAGCUGAUGAAGGAGGACCCAAGAUUGUCACCAAACAGGUGAAAAAUAUGAAAAAACGAAAGAGCAAGGAAGUCAUUGACUAUUCACAGGCUCAAGCUGAUAAGGUUGAUAAGGUUGACAAUGUUGUGGUGGCUGAUAAUGCCGAUCCAAAGAGCAAAGUGAGAUCCUGGCUACUGGCCUCAUCCUCCCAUUGCCGAGUGGAACCACUGACAAAAAGUAAGUCAACACCUGCCGGCCUAACUAAUGGUUUGACCAGUGGAAAUCGUCUCCCUGCCAUCGCCAAACCCAGGAGACGAGUCGAACAGGCCAAUCGCACCACUGCCGCCUUCGCCAGGGACACCAAGAAUGAUCGGGUACGUCUUCAAAUAGUCUACAAACCGCCAUUCAAAUUCUCUGUUAGACUGAGAAAAGCUGAAAAAAUUGGACAAUCGAGUAAUCAACGUGUUCAUAGUCGUAAUCCACCGAGGACAGCUGUACUUGUGAGAACUUCUAAUAAGAAGGAGAAAUUUAGGAUAGGGAGCAAGCAGGGGAGUUGUGGGGGCAAUAACGGUGUGCCAAUGGAGUCUUCCAAUGCUGCCAAUUCUGAUAUUCAUACUGUGCCCUCCGAUCUUGAGGUGCUACUUUCUGAAAGUGAAUUUCUCUUUUCUGAGUGAUUUUUCGAUUUGGGAGGAAGGGGGGGGGGAUAACUAGGGGAAAAUUUUGGGUAUUUUGGGUAUUUCGGGGGAUGUUUCAGUCGUUUAGGGGAGGAGGAGGAAGAGUAGUCAUUUACUCUGGGAGAUGGGGCUGAGGAGGGCUUGAGGAAAGGUAAAAAAAAAUACUGGAGGUGUGAAAAAUAUUCUACCGAAUUCUUCCUGAAGUUUCCUGCGGAAUGUUCGGGGAAUUCUGCGGAUUUUUUCGCACGAGAGUGAAGAUAUGUGCUUUCUUUUCAUCUUUUUCCAUAAGAAGAAUUUUUUUCGUGUGGUAGAACGAUUCGAGUCGACUCCAGUACUUCCUGGAGAAGUAAAGGAUCCACAUCGUGUUUAAUUUCUUUUAACAAUUUCAUAGACUUCGAACAUUCGGCAUUUAAUUUCGAAACUAAUACUUUACGAGAUAAUGAAAAAUACGAUAAAGCAAUUGUUAUAGCAUGUGUUGAAGACAUCUCGUAAACAUUCCGAUAACUAAUGAAAAAUUCUUAACAUUUGUUAAAUUAAAAAUUGGCUCCUUUGCUUCUCCUGCAAUGGCCAAUGAUCUGAAAAAAAAUGUAUACUAGUCUAUCUCCUCGACUCGAUCCGCGGAGAAUGUCCGCCCCCCGUUUUAUUACACGUACGUAAUUACCAAUUAACCGACGGUGCAAUGGCCGUGAUACUCACCGUAUAACAUACAUUAACUGUGAUUACCUCAAUGUUAUUAAUCAUUUUAAUUGCAACUCUAUUCCAAGGCGAGUCUUUCGUCUUCCGAUAAACUCAGUACAUCCUCCCAGACGAGUGAGUCUGUGGAUUUUGUUGAAUUUAACUCUUUAGAUUGAUCGUAGGGUAGUUAAGGGGAGUCUGUUGUGAGUUUUGAAAAUCCGAGACUGUUGUAAUGGGUUUGAAACUCUACUUUUCAAGUGAAAUAAUUCGUGAAAAAAAUAUUACUUUUCAUUUGCCCUGUAGAUGAUUAAAUUAUUAACAAUAGCUCACCAGGUAAUUUAUUUUCUCUAGAAGUUCAACAAUUCUUCGAAAAACAAAAAGCCUUUUACAGCCCAUUAAUUUCCCAAUCUCCCCACAACAGUCUGCGAUUUAAAAAACUCAGAACAACCCUCCCCCCCUCAAAUGAAUUAAGUAAGCGAAAUGAAGUGUUAAUUAUUGUGAUAUGUGCCAACGCCAGAUGUAAUAAAUACUGUAACUACUCAACGCACUGCCGAGGUGACCGAGAUUCCGCCACAACUCUGGUGUGCAAAAUUGCUUUGAUACGCUUUCCACUCCAUGCUGUGUAGCCGAACAGCAGGAAUAAUCGAUAAUCGGGGAAUUGCACUAGUUAAUGACAUUGCUAGUUCCAUUAUAUCAAUUAAAAUCGUCUAUUAUGUAAAUAUUGACUAAACAAAAGAAAAAAAAGUAACGCAUCGUGUGCAAUAAACUUAGGAACUGAAUUGUUUUUACACGUGUGAAAAAACUGUACAUAGAACUGCUUCCUACAUCAAAAGUGUUUUCGUCCAAACUUCAUGAUCCGAGAGAUAAACAAUAACUACCAACAAAAUGCAGAUUAUAUAUUACUACAUACAACAAUAUACAUAUGUAAAAGAAUUGUUUGGCUGUAUUUUUGCACGGGCUUUGUAUAAAUAACGUAAUGUAUUAAUGAGGUAAAUUAAAUAAUUGUUCAUUGAUAAA